CCCUUAACAAAUGGGGUUUUAAGAAUCGGUUGCCUUCAGCACAUCACUGACAGAACCCAUCUGAUAACGGAGCUCCAAGAUAUGGUCUCUCGCAGUUUCACCACCAAGAAGCUUCCCCUACUCUUUCAUACUCCCAAAGCCCUCUUCUCCACGCACAUUGUGGGCGACAAACCGAUCCUUGUUCGGGAUUUCAUACAUUCUGCGCUUUACGACCCGAAACAUGGCUACUUCUCUCAAAGAUCGGGGUCAGUCGGCGUGCUUGAGAAAAGCAUUAGGUUCAAUCAGCUUGAAGGCAGGAAAGCUUAUAUGAAAUACUUGGAUGAUAUAUACAAGCGAAGUGACAUAGCUUGGUUCACUCCAGUGGAGCUUUUUAAGCCUUGGUAUGCUCAUGGAAUUGCAGAAGCCAUAAUGCGUACUGCUAACCUUUCAGUUCCAUUAAAAAUAUAUGAAAUUGGUGGUGGAUCAGGGACUUGUGCGAAGGGCAUAAUGGAUUACAUGAUGUUGAAUGCACCUGCUAGAGUUUACAACAGUAUGACUUACACCUCAGUGGAAAUCAGUCCUUCACUGGCUGAGAUACAAAGAGAAACUGUCGGAGGAGUCCGUAGUCACUUGUCAAAAUUCAGAGUAGAAUGCCGUGAUGCUGCUGAUCGAACUGGAUGGGGGGCUGUAGAGCAACAACCAUGCUGGGUAAUAAUGCUUGAGGUGCUUGAUAAUCUUCCACAUGAUCUUAUCUAUUCAGAAAAUCAAGUUUCUCCUUGGAUGGAAGUAUGGGUUGAAAAGCAACAUGAUAGGGAAACACUCUCUGAGUUGUAUAAGCCAUUACAAGACUCCCUAAUUAAGCAUUGCGUUGAUAUUAUCGACUUGGACAAAAAUCAUAGCAGUCAAAGCAGCAUAAUUUCAAAGACGAGAAGCAUUUGGUCUAUGGUUUUUCCUACACCUCGAAGAUGUUGGCUACCAACUGGUUGCUUGAAACUACUUGAGGUUCUACAUGGAGUGCUACCAAAGAUGUCUUUGAUUGCUUCUGACUUUAGUUACCUACCUGAUGUGAGGAUACCUGGUGAAAGAGCUCCCUUGGUUUCAACCAAGAAUGGUGGAAGCAGUUUGGAUUAUGGCAGUUAUCUUGAUGCAAAGGGUGAUGCUGACAUCUUUUUCCCCACGGACUUUUGGCUUUUGGAAUGCAUUGACCAUUAUUGUUCUGGGUGGUUGAAAUCGCUCAAAGAUAAAUCAUCCAAUCAAGGGAAGAAGAGGCGAACACUUAUGCUUGAUACAUCUUCAUUCAUGGAAGAGUUUGGAUUGCCGUCGAAGACGAGAACAAAGGAUGGAUACAACCCACUCCUCGACGACUUUAAGAAUACUAAAUUUUAUAUUAGUGUUCCUACCCAUAACAUUAAAUAGACGGCAGUCCAGUCUUCUUGACAUCUGGCAACUAUUUCCAAGGAUGCUUUCUGGUUGAGAAUAUUGGCAAAGCUCAGGCAGUCAAGAUUGCAUCUUUCGAAGAGAUGUGUGAAUGUUGGCAAAGCUUUGCCGAGGUGGUCAAGAGUUCUGCUGGCAUCGAAGAAAAGAUUUGGGAUGUGCAUGAUCAACUUCUUUUUGGCAUUUAUAAUUGGAUAGAAUACAAUUUCACAGAAUAAUUUUGGACCAUGGGUGGCCUAUACGCAUUAUUUUUAUACAUGUAAACACAGCCAAGGGCGUAAUUCCGCAUAAUAGAAUGCUCGCAUGGCUACAAUUUUUUCAGAUUUUCUCUGAUAAUUUAAUUUCGAGAUAUCAAAUUUUCUUCA